GUGUUCUUGUGUUGAUAUUUUGUAUGUUUUUGACACUUUUGACAUUAAAAAUAUAAUUUACCUAAUUGAAUAAGUCAUAAAAAAAAAAAAACAACAACAAUGAGAAGAAGAGCAGGAAUUGGUGCAAUUCAUAAACAAAAACUUGAACAAGAAAAAUACAAAGACAAAGGUACUGAAAUACAAGACAAUCAAUUUGAUAAAAUGACAAAACAAAUGGAUAUAUUUCGUACAAAUCUUGAAGAAUUUUCAUCAAAGCAUAAAAUUGAUAUUAAAAAAAAUGCCCAAUUUCGUCGUCAAUUUACUGAAAUGUGUGCAUCAAUUGGUGUUGAUCCAUUAGCAUCUGGUAAAGGUUUUUGGUCAGUACUUGGUAUUGGUGAAUUUUAUUAUGAACUUGCUGUACAAAUUGUUGAAGUAUGUCUUGCAACAAAUUAUAAAAAUGGUGGUUUAAUAACACUUGAUGAAUUACGUGAUAAAUUAGUUCAAGCACGUGGAAGAAGAAAAGAACAUCAAGAUAUAACAAAUGAAGAUUUAUUAGAAGCUGCUAAAAAAUUACGUAUAUUUGGUAAUGGAUUUACAAUUGUACCAAUUGGUAGAGGUAAAUAUUUAGUUCAAUCAGUACCUGGUGAAUUGAGUAUGGAUCAUACAGCAGUUCUUCAACAAGCAAGUGCAUCUGGCAAUGCUUUUACAUCAGUAUCAAUAUUAGAAAAUGAAUUAAAAUGGGAAAAAGAUAGAGCACAAAAAGCCAUGGAUCACAUGGUUAAAAUGGGACUUGCUUGGCUAGAUGACCAAGCUGAUACUAUUACUCUUUAUUGGUUUCCCAGUAUGUUCAAUGCUUGUGUAUCAACUUCAACUUUAUAAAAUAAAUACUAUCAAUAUGUUUUUUUCCACAUUUGACUAAUGAUGGUGUAUGGUUUAUUUUGACGUCACCUGUCACUCUCAUCUGUCUGGCAUCUGAGGAAAUUAAAAUGUAUAUUAUU